AUUGAACAAUUUGUCAGUACGGGUGUGAAAAGGGCAGCAUUUUCUCCCAUAACUCCAAAAUCAUCAUAUAGCAAUGCCAAUAAUAAUAGGUCUACUGACAGCCUUUCGCUUCCCACUUCAAGAUGAAGAAAGUUGAAAAAAAGAUUACCUUUUAGUGAUAUAACUAAUAAUGAAUUUUCUAUAGAAUCUGCAUAUGACCCCAUUGAAAAAAAGUUAUACAACUAGUACUAGUGAAGCUGAAGUAAAUCAUGAUCAGUCAUAUACCAGCUUUCAGAAGUCGAACAUUCAAACACAAAAAAGAAUUAUUUUAGAAAAUAGUGAUUUGGUAACUGAUAUAUCAAACAGGGUUACAAGUUUAUGUUCUGAGGGAUCUUCUUUGACUGAUCUUCGGGAGCAGAGCUUGACACUUACUUCAAGAACAGUAAUGUUUUCUUCAGUAUUACAUAAAUACAGGAAAGCUGAUGAUCUCCAUGAAAAUUCUGACCAUUUGAUUACAGCUAUUGUGAAAGAAAUGAUGACCAGAGUGCCUUUGUUACUAGAUUCUAUGCUAUGUGUGGCAGAACCAAACAACAAUAUUGUUCCAGCAUCCAUCAUACCAUCACUUGCAACAUGUUACUCGAUACUAUUAAAGCUGCGAUAUAACAACUUAUCAGUCUUCCACCGUAUGGUGUCAGCUAUAACAUUAAAAGGCGGUCUGAAUGAUAGAGGCCAGGCAAGGUUAAAUUAUCUGGGAAUGACCUUAUCAUGUGAAAGACGUCUUCAGUUUCAAGAAAGUAUUAGCCUGUCUUCGGAAAAUUUAAUAAUUGACAAAUUAAAGUUUAACCCUUUGAUAAAAAUUACAGGGGACAAUUUGGAUGUAUAUAUAAAAGCGUCUCAACUUUUCACUGACAAAAGAAAUAAAGACCUCCACAUGUUCGUUUCUAAUGUAAUUUUUUCUCGAAUUGCAAGUAUGGAUAUGAGUAUAGAGAGCCCAAAUGUAGAUGUUAAUAGUAUUCAAGCAGCUGAUAUUUAUCAACAGGAACAACUUCUUGAUGUAUAUGGUGUUUUAAAAGGACUGCAAGGGAAGACAACUCUGUUUGGGAGAUUGGUGCUGUACGACUAUUAUAUUAGACUGGACAACCUGCUCUAAAUGACGUCAGGCUGGUUCCGGGCAGCCAUCUUGCCAGGAGGAAUUCCUCCCGGCAGUGCGCAUCUCUUUCUGCGCACAUUACCAAUGUUUACAAACAAAAACAUGAUCGGACACUGAAGAUGUCAACACCAAUUAAAUGCAGCGGUAGUUUAUGUUUAGCGUGUGGAUUGGAUCCGAAACUAUGCAAUUUUUUCUCAAUAAUGGAAUAUAACGGAACAAUAAUUAAUAUUUUAGAAUUUGAGAAAUACGGCAAUAAAUCAAAUGAAAUAUGAGUGAUUUGCCAUAGCCGGUAGGCCUGCGAUUGUAACUGAUUAUAAGAGCUGAUUUUAAACUGUCGCUUUGUUUGGGUUUAAGAUAACAAUAAGAUGUCGCCCGAUCAACGUUUAAUUUGGCUAGAGCAAUCUUAGAAAUUAAAGAAAAGCUUAACAAAUCUUCUUCUAGCUUACUCAUUUUAACGCUGAACGCCAUCAUUAGGGAUACCCGUCUAUUUUUAGUAACACUACGUCAAAACAUGGCUGCCCACUACCUGUCUCUAUGAAAGUCAGAAAAGGAGUGACGUAGGAGCGAAUUUGACGUAUUAGAGCAGAUUAUCCAGUCUACUAUGAUAUCAGUUGGCCUUCGCAAUUCAUUGUGUACGGACGUAUUGUUGGUGUCCGGAAAAUAGCCAUGGCUCAAUGCACCUUUACUGGUGAGAAAUUAAUUAGGUUGCUCAACCUUGACGUGUUGGGGAGACUAAUUAAGCUUCUUGUGAUUUAUCAUAAUAAUUUCGGUGUUUACCGACAUUAUUACCGUGCCUUUGACUGUGAGUUGACGUUUGGCUUUGACUCUAUACAUUUACACACCUAUCUUGCCCUUUUUAGCCACGGUGUUUUGCAAUAUUAACAUAUAGAACAUUGAAAUAUAAUUGAUUAACCAGCUUUGCCUGUAGAACCUUAAGUGGUAUUACAACCAGUCAUUGGUGCUUCAAAACCUGGUGUUUUGAACCGACUCUGGUGCGUGCCUGAUGAUCUGGGUGCCUGGAACCGAAUCUGGUGUUUUGAACCUAAUCCGGUGCACAAGAUAUAAACCUGAUUACUAAUGUUACAUAAGAUAUUGCGAUUAUUAUUAGCAGCAAGGUUUCUAGUGGAAAUGCUGCAGGGAGUGUAAUAAUAUUGCUAGAAUUUUUGCUCUUGAAAUUAAUGGUGGCAGUAUAUUUCAUUAAUUAAUAUCUUUGGCAAGUUGGUAGAUUCUCAUAUGUAGAAUUGUACUAAAUCAACUUAGUCUGUAAUUGACAUAUUGUUAUAUAAAAAAGAGCUAUUUAGCCGAAACAGGUGUCAAUAAUUUACCACCAGAUAACACGUGAGUGGAAUUAUUCUAAUUGCAUCACUUGGCUUAAAGUAACCAAUCGUAUCGUUAAUUGCACAGGUUCAGGGCCAUGAACAGACUUCCUGUGCAUGGUAUACGUGAGUGCUAUAUAAGAUAUCUAUAGUAAACUUUUAGGUUAGACUUCCAUUAGAUUCCAGAGAGGGUCCAUCUGAGUUCUUAGACAGCCGCGAGGCUGGAUAGGGUUGAGAAAUGGUUUUAGCUAGUAUUGUUAUCUAUUAUGCUUGUAUCCAUAUGUAUUCG